GGUAAGGUAUUGUGUAUAUUUGAUUCAACACGGGUUCUUUCAAUCCGCGUUGUCGCUUCAUCUUAUUUUCACUCGCAGUCAAUCUUUGGGAAACCUUGACUAUUGUGGACCAUACCAGUUUUCCGUUUACCCCAUACAGUACCUACCAUACGUAAUAUGCAGUGUGCACUGUACAAUUGGAUCAAAUUCGUUAUUUUUGGAAGAAAUUGAAUAUGUUAUGUCUUUGCUAAAGACUCAGUACGUAAAUGACAACGAUACAAAUUUAGAAGAAAAAAAAUAUCGGGAUGACCAUGACAAAUUAAAUGAUUGUUACCGCAGACCAAAUGCACGCUUGUCAGACGAAAAUAAUGACAUCGGGAAUGACAUCCGUGAUUUUCAUCUGAGAGAUACCAUAAUGCCAGAGAAGUUGUUCAAAGUAAUCAUAAUAGGCGACCCGACUGUGGGCAAGACUGCGUUUGUCAAACGAUAUGUACAAAAAUCAUUCAGCAGAGAGUACAAGGGUACCGUUGGUGUUGAUUUCGCAUUAAAAAUUAUCAAAGUUUCCGAAACGGAAACUAUUAAAUUACAACUAUGGGAUAUAGCAGGUCAAGAGAGGUUUACGUGGAUGACCCGCGUGUACUACAAAGACGCACAUGGAUGUGUGAUUAUGUUUGAUUUGUCAAAUAAGAAUUCGUUUUUAAACACGCUCAAGUGGAAAAAAGAUGUGGAUGCAAAAUGCACUCAAUUAGACGGCGGUCCCAUACCGUGCAUGUUGUUGGGAAAUAAAUGCGAUCUGCCCCAACGUCAAAUCGAUCAAUUGGAUAUCGAGGCGUUCUACAAAGAAAACAAUUUUAUCGGCUGGACAGAGACUUCGGCUAAAGACGGGUUGAUGGUUAACGAUUCCAUGCAGUUUUUAAUCAACUCGAUGAUGGGACAGUACAACGACGAAACCGACCAACCAGAACUCGUAAAACUCUCCGGUCCUAAUGCGGAGAACAAGAAAUCGUGUUCAUUUUGUUAGCCUGCAACGAUCAAUGUUUUAAACGUUAAGUCUAUGUUUUUACUGUAUCGUCUGUAUUGUUCUUGUACAUUUGUCGGUAAUUUCAACGAGUAAUUAAUUUGCAAUAUUGCUGUUGAAACUAUAUAUUAUAUACUAUUAAUUAUGUGUUAUAAUUAAUUUUAAGUUUCAAGCCAUUUAGGUCUGAUAUACGUAUUUGGCUAUUGCCUGUUCGCCUCAAUAAGAUACUAUUGUAGCAAUACAAUAUUAUAUAUUAUUUUUAAAUUUAAUCAAUAUGAUACCUAUUUCAGGUUUUAUUAUUGCUAUGAUUUAAACAGAUUUAAGUAGUAUCGGGAGGGCCAUUGUGCUUUCACGUUUUCCAAUGUCAACUAUAUUAUUACGUAAUAACAGGAAAACACAGUGCCCACCCUGCGUCACUGCAUUUAAUGUUUCAUGUCUCGUUUCGUAAUUUUUUUCAAUCCUAACAAUAUUGAUUAUUUCCAUUUUUACACUUUUAAACUGUAUCAUAUUAUAUUACUUUAUUAGUGAAUUUAUUUUACUAUAUAGAAAUUUAGAAAUUUAGAUUUUGAAAAUGUGUGUUUUUAAUUUGUAUGUUAAUUAUACUACAUUAUUUUAUUUUAUUUUAAUUUUUUUUUUAUAAAAAAAACUGCUAUGUUGAAUUACUUGAAAAAUACAGUACGAUUUUACAAUACGACA